CAAACUACAGUAUGUAUGUAUAUAAGAAAGAGAGAGGGAGAGAUAGGCUAUAGCAUGUAAUUAUGUUAUAAUUAUACACAUAAUAUGGUAAAUAACUGUAUUAAAGGAAUCUUACUGUAUAUAACUGUAUAUACCAUACUACAGGUAUUGAAUAUAUUGAAUGUAAGUAAAAUGAUAACCCCUUCAUCAACAUUACAUAAGCACAGGGUUAUUAAAGACCAUUUCCAUGUCAACAAAUUCCAACAAAAUCACAAAAAUUGCACCACCUUGUGGUAGAUCUUUUCAAAAGGAGCUUGAUAGCAAUGAGAUGACCUAUAAAAAUAUUCAUGUAGAGAAUAAUUAGUACAGAUACAUUCAGAUUUUGUUCUAGGCCUGUUAAAGGUUAGUGACUGCACAUGAAGUAGAUCAGAUGGUCAUUCCUAUGUGAUCAUUUUAUGCCUGAAAUUCACACAAACCACUUCCAAAGGACAGUCACAAAGGACUUUCUCCAGUGAAAUUACCUAUCUUUCUGUUUAUUUUAAUUAAAAAUUUCAGAUAAUUGCAAAACUUAAGAGACCACUGGAGGAUGGCAUGAGAGUAGGGGACCAAAACAUUGUUAUUUCUUGCAUACACUUCCAUCAAUUUGUCAUUUAAUGCUUGAUCAGUCCCAGCCCUGAGUCACACUACUCAAUGCUCCAUUUCUGCACAAGACAACAUUUUUAAUUGCGCUUCUCUAAAUCUGUACACAAAAUGUUUUCCCACUUUAUUCUGCAACAUGAAAAAAAAUACGUUUAGGAUUGCAGUGCAUGGUUUAAUUAGAUUAAAUGAUGAUUAAUCGAUCUAGUUUCACACAGGCCUUCCCAGUGAAUAACAUUUAGCAAGUAAAGUCAUGCACUUAAACGUUUGCACAUCCAUUUGUCCUAGAUGCACAGGUUAGCGCCUGCGUAAUCAAACUACCUUGCCCUACUUCUGGACUAAGAGCCGUAUAUACCUGAGCGCAUUCAUCGCCCCCUCCCACUCGAGCUCUCAAUGCAGUAGGAGGGUCCAUGUGCACACAGUGACGUCGCUACGCAAGUCUGUCUGAGUCCUCCGCUGUUUUUAUUAGUCUUCAGUUGGGCGCCUUCAACAAUCUAGCAGCAAUGUGCACGUAAACAGAAAACUGUCGAUAGGAGGUUUCGGUGAGGUCGCUGUCGAGUGUUGACUGUUGUACGCGUACAGCGCGCUGUCGUUAAGGAUCUCGCGUCAUGCGCGCGGCAGUGUGCGGUGCGUUCAGCUGUCACAACUGAAACUAGUACAUGCAAGCAGUCGCAACACUGGGAAUACUUCUAAACACAACUUAACGACACUGUUUAGUGUAAUUUUCUCCGUUUUGUCCAUCGGAUUAUAGUGGCCAGCAGUAAAGAUAACUGUCAAAAUUGGAUGUCAUAACUACGGUUUAUCAAAUGAUCCAGGUAUGGAGACUAAAAGAUACCAAAGUUACUGCGAAGGGGCAACUGCAGAAAACAAAUGGGCACAGAUGCCGAACACCAUGGAGUAUUGCUGUUCUUCAGAAGAGAAUUUGACAAACAGUGAUGUGCUCAUGGAUAUUGUUAACUCGAGCAAUGCCUCUAGCGUGCCGUCUGUCUGCAAGGACAACAACUUUAAGACUACAGAGACAACAAUGCUUAGAGUUAACCAGAAUCAACCAUUACCUUUUCCCUCCUUCAACAACUCCUUCCACAACCGCAAGUCAGAAACAGAUUCAAAGGAGCUCUCCAAAACGGUUGCUGAGUCUAUGGGCUUGUACAUGAAUGCUGCCAGGGAGGCAGACUUUGGUUUUUCCCAACAUGGUACUGCGGGAGGGCAGGGUAGCCCAGGGAAACUGUAUCCUCUUUGUGGGAAAGCAAUUGAAGACAGCCAGCCCAGAACAACUGGGAGCCCAAAGAUGAAAGCUCCCCCAGCUUCAUUCCCACCUGGGGCCCAACAACCCAAUGGUGGCCCUCAGGAGUGUGCUGUGGUCUCUGCCUCAGUUCCCUCUGCACUGGCCUCCGUUCUUUCUUGCAGCACUGAUGGGUCUGGUCCCAUGUCUAGCCCUACUGGACACAACAUGGUGUCGUCCACUACCAGCCCUACCUACUUCGACUCUGAUUGUCCAUCGCUGGCUUCUGCUAGCACCAACUUGACCCAGGGUCACCACAGCAGCCCCAACACCUCUAGCCCUGUAAAAUCCAGCAUGGUGGGGUCACCUCCACUGGCUAGUCCACUCAGUGUUAUGAAGUCUCCGGUUUCCAGCCCUCAUAGUAUAGGUAGCGUGAGGUCACCGCUUUCCUGUAACACCAACAUGAGAUCAUCUGUUUCAAGCCCAACAACAAAUGGAGGCAAUACCUCUAAUAUUAGACCAUCCAUCUCCAGUCCGCCCACUGUUGGCAGCAUGGCCAUGUCCAGUCCCAGGAACUCAUCCAGGAGCUUCUCUGUCUCUAGCCCUCCCAGUGGAUUGGGCUUAGUUCAAAAUGAUGUCAACAGCCCUGAGAGCCGAGAGCAUGACUUCAAGGGAUUUGAAUUCCCAAAGGUAGAGAAUGUGGAUGGGGAAAUGUUUAACAUCGGCUUGGAUGCUAUGGGACAGGCCAAAUAUAUCAAAAAUGAACCUGGCACUGAUUACAGGAGUAUGUGCCUAGGCAGCAGCAAGAGCGCUAUGCCACAUUCUCCAUUCAUAACUCACAUUAAAACAGAGCCAAACAGAGAGGUGACUUGUUCGAACCUUCAGUUUGUUGAGCAGCAGCACUCUCUGGGCUGCUUUCCUUCUGCAGAGACCACAUACUUGUCUUUGAGGGAUAAUAUUGACGAAUAUAGUCUUUCUGGGAUCUUGGGACCUCCUGUUUCUUCUCUGAAUGGCAACUAUGAACCUGGUGUGUUUCCUAACAAUGGCCUGCCCAAGGGGAUUAAACAGGAAACCAAUGAUGGCAGCUAUUACCAAGAGAAUAAUAAUGUGCCCACGUCGGCUAUUGUUGGUGUUAAUUCAGGUGGACAUUCAUUUCAUUACCAGAUCGGAGCGCAAGGAACAAUGUCGUUUUCACGCCACAAUUUGAGAGACCAGACGAACCCCUUGUUGAAUCUAAUUUCUCCAGUUACUGGAUUAAUGGAGACGUGGAAAACUCGCCCAGGGCUGUCACAGGGGCCUCUCUCUGCCAGGGGGGAUGGCUAUCCAGGCCCAGUCUGCCUUACUGAAAACAUGGAAAGUGCGUCUUUGAGACACACGUCUUCGACAGCCAAAGUGUGUCUGGUGUGCGGAGACGAGGCGUCAGGAUGUCACUAUGGGGUUGUUACAUGUGGAAGCUGCAAAGUUUUCUUCAAAAGAGCAGUAGAAGGUCAGCACAACUACCUUUGUGCUGGGAGGAAUGACUGUAUCAUUGACAAGAUUCGGCGGAAAAACUGCCCAGCCUGCAGAGUACGGAAGUGCCUACAAGCUGGGAUGAAUCUUGGAGCACGAAAGUCCAAGAAGUUGGGAAAGAUGAAGAGCGUUAGCGAGGAUUCUUCCCUGCAGAACUCAAAGGAUGGACCUCCGUUUCUGACUUCUGAGAAAGAGUUGAGUUCGUCCACCGCUCUCGUCCCCCACGUCCCCACGGUAGCACCGUUUCUGUCACCGUCCGUGUGUAGCGUCCUGGAGCUCAUAGAGCCUGAAGUUGUGUUCGCUGGAUAUGAUAACACACAGCCCGACACAACCGACCACCUGCUCACCAGCCUCAACCAGCUCGCCGGCAAACAGAUGAUCCGAGUGGUCAAGUGGGCCAAAGUACUUCCAGGUUUCCGCAGUCUACCCAUUGAGGACCAAAUCACGCUGAUCCAGUAUUCCUGGAUGUGUCUCUCCUCCUUCUCCCUCAGCUGGAGAUCCUACAAACACACCAACGCCCAAAUGCUCUACUUCGCCCCUGACCUCGUCUUCAACGAGGAACGUAUGCGGCAAUCAGCCAUGUAUGAUCUGUGUGUGGGCAUGCGGCAGGUGAGCCAGGAGUUUGUCCGUCUACAGCUAACUUACGAGGAAUUCCUUGCCAUGAAGGUCCUGUUGCUGCUCAGCACAGUGCCCAAAGAUGGUCUGAAGAACCAAGGGGCAUUUGAGGAGAUGCGGGUGAAUUACAUCAAGGAGCUCCGCCGCUCAGUUGGAAAAGCCACUAACAAUUCCGGCCAGACAUGGCAGCGCUUCUUCCAGCUCACCAAGCUAUUGGACGCCAUGCAUGAACUUGUGGGGAGCCUGUUGGACUUUUGUUUCUACACUUUCCGUGAAUCCCAGGCUCUGAAGGUCGAGUUCCCCGAGAUGCUUGUGGAAAUUAUCAGUGACCAGAUACCAAAGGUGGAAUCAGGCCUAACAAACACCCUCUACUUUCAUAAGAAAUGACUGAAAGCUUGCAAAAGGAGGGAAAAAUGAAGGUUCAAAUGAGAGGAAAAACAGAGGACAGCCAGCCCUCAGAGAGCAAACAAGAGCAAGCCCGCUAUGCACAAAGCAAGGCGUAACAAGAGGCUUGGUUUAAAGCCAUAUAAGGCUUGCGUAGUGAGGGAAGGCAAAGAGUGAUCUCUGUACCCAGCCAACAGAGAAGAACUCAUAUUUCAUGUGACAGUGCGUUUCUUACCCCCAAAGACAAUGCUGACAAUGUUCUAUAUGGAUAUGAAGCCAUAUUCUUUGGUAAAGCUAUAGUGCACAGUCACAUGUGAAUACAUUACACACACACGCGCAGUAAAAUGGGCCCACGUACUAGACAUAUCCUUGACUCCGAGACCUGUCAGUCUGCCAGUAAAUACCAUUGCAUUCUUAUAUAACUUGCCCAAAAUUUGGCGCUCGUAAAAUUUGAGAUUCAGUAACGAAAACUGCUCUUUACAACGGAUUAAGACAGAAAUAUGUCCACAAUCGUAUCAGUUGCAUGAAAAGAAGAUUAAAUUGGGGUGUUUACAAAGAAGAAAUGGGACAGGACAUAUUCCAAGGGCUACAAUACAUUAAAUUAAGAUGAAUUGUGACUAAUUUGUGCAUGAAAGUUAUUCUAAAUCUAAAUUUAUCUGCAAAAAUGGCAUCAAUGUAUAUUUUGAUGACUUGAAGUGUUUACACAGAGAGUACUGGCCACACUGAUGGAGUGUUAUGGUGUCCCGAUGAUUGAUAAGCUGAAAAUGGCAGCUCGACAAAAAUGCUAUUAGAUAGAAUAAAUCUUUUUUUUUUUUACAUUUGCAAUACAGCAAAUAUUAUGGCUCGUCUUGUAAAAAAUGAAGCUCACGCAAACACACAUGCCACAUUUUGUGUGCAAGCUAGAACUGUAGCAGAUUUAGUAAAUUGUACCUAAGCUGUCACUAAACCAGCUCCCUUUUGACGAUAAGGAAAAUACAGUACUAAUUUACAGUUCCAGAGAAGAAAAGCAUUUUAUACGAUUGUAAAGAUUUGUUUUGUUUCAAAGAAUCAAUCCAGCUAGAAGCCAUUUUCUAACAAGGUGCUUCUGUUUUCUUAACGUAAAAAGUAGAACAUUUUCAGUAGCAGCACAUGUACAGUUAGAUACAGUAUGGGAUUAAUUAACAGCUUUUUUGAAGAAUACAGCUUUCAUAUUAGUAAACAACAAUAACAGUAACCUGCUCAUAAACACACAAUAUAUGUGUAUCUUAUGAUUAUAAUUGUUGCUUGUAGGCAUAUUUUUCAAACAUUGUACAUAGAAAGUUUUUGAUUUAAACCACCUUGCAAUUAAAACAUAGCUAUUUUGGGAAAAUACCAGUCGACUUGAGAGUACUUGAGUGAAUUGUAUCUAAAAAAAGGAAUUUGGACCACUGUUUCAUAACCCCACUGUGCUACUGAUGGAAUCAAAAGAGGUACUGCUUGUUCUAAAAUGCUGUGAGUCUGAGGACAGUGAAGGUUUGCGUGUGUUUUGUGCGUUUGUGUGCGUGUAUUUGUUUUUCUGUUUCUCUCAAAUUUCUUAAAGGCACAAACAAGCUUCAGUUUUGAGAGGGCAUUGUUGGUUUUCUCUGUGAUAGGAUUAGUACGAUCCUAUUGGCUGAUUUUGAUUUGCACAGACACGAUAAUGUGACAAUUGGGAUAUUAGAUGUUCUGCUAUUGUGUUGGUUAUGUAAUGUGCUUUGGGGGGUGGGUGGGGGUCAGUUUGGGAUGUUUGUGAACUGGAAAGGUCCAAGAACUUUUGAUGUUUGCCUUUGUGAUGUAGCUGGUUGGUGGUAAAUGACUGUUGAGGACAAAAAUCAUAAUUAUAAUAGUUCAAAAAGAACAAAUCAAUCAAUCUGUGGUGCCUGCCCAGGCAAAUCCCAUUUCACCGACCUGUCAAUACACUGUAUGUUGAAAGUUUUUAAUGGACCUAAAACUAGAUGUUGCAAAGGUAUUUACAGUAGUCUCUUUUCCCCAACCUUUCCCUUUUUUAAAUACACAGAUAUAUAAAUAUAAAAGAAUAAAUGUUAAAAGGUUCAUAGGAUGUGAAGUAUUUUUGAGAGAUUCUAUUUUGCUGGACACAAUAUAUUAGUAAUUUGUCUAAAAAGAGUAUAUGAGAUCUUUUGUAAAGUGAACUGUUUAUGCAUGCUUUUUGAAAAGAUGUUUACAGUGUAUUUAAGAAGGGAAACUUGUGCCUUUUUUUCUCACAAAAGUUACCAUUUAACAGCAUCUAUUGUAAAUAAAUCAGUGAAUUAUUAUUAUGUUGAGUUGUAUGGAACAUUUCUAUAUUAAAUAUUUGUCGGACAUUGGGAUGAAGUUCACACAUUUUCCCCAUAACAGUUACUGACUGCCCAUAGUCAGUCAGAAUCCAGAGUAAGACCCAGAGAGCAUGAUGAAUAUACAUUUAUUUUAUAUUUACUUUUCACAGCAAGAGAGACUUGUUUACUCCCUGAAUGUCACUAACUUUAAACUUGUCAUUUUGGUCUGUAGUAAUGUGAACUAAUUGUAUGUUUGUGUUUUUCCCCAUUGCUUCGCCUACGAAUCUAACAAAAAACACAACACAGUGCUCACUUCAGAGCUAUAAUAGCUAUAUUAUGCUGAAAUGAAAAAUACUUGGUUGCCAACAUUUUUUUAUCCCAGAUUUUUUAAAGUAAAUAUAUACAUAAAAUUCAAACCAAGCAAAAAACAAGAAACAAACAAACAAAAAAAAAAACAUUGAAACUGAACUCUUUCAUUUUGCACUGUUAGAAAAGAUUUUAAUUUUUUUUUUUUUUUUAAUCAGUGUUUCACAAGUUAUUGAUGUCUUGAGAACUAGCAAGGCUCUAUAUUAUUAUUUAUAGAGUAUAUGAAAAAUAUAUGGAAUUUUUUAAAAGAGUAUAAAAAUCAACAAUUAUGUAAGAAAAAUCUAAAGACAGAACUAUAGGACGGGGAUCACAAAUGAACCUGAACAGCCUGGUAUGAAUUCAGAUGUCUAUCAGCAGCUUAAGAGAAUAUAGAUGGCCAUGCUUGUUGCAGCAUGUUAGCAAUUUGUGUUAUUCCAUCACCAAAUGAUGAAGCUUGAAAUACUAAAAGUUGGUGUGGAUCCACGGGAUGCUUUUGGGUUGCUUGUAACUUCAGCUUUGACAGUCUACGUAAGACUUUUUAGAUGUGUUUUUGGGGAGUCUAACAUGUAAAACUAUGCAUUUGUACAAAUCACAUUACCACCAAGCAGCACCUUUGUGCAAAAUAAGGGCAAAGCAUGGUCAAGGUAAACCAAUAUGUUGAAACUAAAAUGCAGCUUACUAGUGAAAACCCACAGAUCACAUCUUGUGUGCACAUUAACACGUAUGUGUUAAUGAAUAUUGAUAUUUCUUUUUUGGGGAUAAACCUGAAUCUGUGUGUUAUACAUUGUUUGAAGUGACAAAGCCAUAUCUCUUUUGUGACAAAAGAGCAUUUCCUGUUCAUAUUUUUAUUUUUCCCUUUUUUAAAUCAGUGCUUUGUACAAUACUUGUUAGCAAAUCUCCUCAGUACAGAAAUAUUCAACAUGAGCAAAAGACAGAUGCAACUAGUUCCUCUAAACUGUAUAUCUUGUUGCAAAUCUUGCCAUAACUGUGUUUGCAGAAACAUCAAGGGAUUCCAAUAAACCAGUUAACAAUUAA